CACAGCUUGAUUUACGGAAACUAGAUAUCGAGUACCGCUUCCCUAGCUCGUAUAGUCAUCGUCAAGACAUCUUCCUAGCUCUUGGGCACUAGGUUACCCCUCGAAGCCCUCCUGAAUUGCAGAUGGCGUCGACCGAACAAUUACACGUCUCCAACCUCUUCUCGCUUGAAGGCCAUGUCUGCCUUAUCACAGGUGGAGGAACCGGCAUCGGACUCAUGGCCGCCCAGGCUCUAUCAGCAAACGGAGCCAAAGUGUACAUCACCGGAAGGCGGAAGGAAGUCCUUGAGAAUGCCGCCCGCACGCACAACCCACAGUCAUCCAAUGCAUCCCUAAAUGGCCAAAUCAUCCCAAUUGGGCCAUGCGACGUGACGUCCAAGGAAUCGCUGGAGAAGUUGACUGCCGAGCUGGAAUCCAAGGAAGAAUACUUCUCUCUUGUUAUUGCCGCUGCAGGUGUUUCCGGGCCUAAGGGAUACCCGGACACCAGCGACGCCAAGCAGAUGAAAGAUAACCUGUGGCAAGAACAAAUCGAGGAGUGGAAAGCGACCUACAACACCAACGUUAUCAGCGUAUUCUUCUCGGUGGCAUCCUUUCUGCCUCUUCUUCAACGUGCACCCCGCAAUCUCGAAGCAAGCGUCAUCGUCAUCUCGAGCAUGUCCGGCCUGAUGCGCCAUUCUCAAGCACAUUUCGCGUACAAUGCAGCAAAAGCAGCCACCGCGCACCUAUCGCGAAUGAUGUCGAAGGAGUUUGCAAAGGCUGGCGUCCGAGUGAAUAGCAUUGCCCCAGGGUACUUCCCGUCGGAGAUGACCAUGAAACAGUCCGACGAGCGGAAUAAGGCCCAUAUGCCGGCUGAAAAGGUCAAAGAUAAAGGCCACGAGGUACCUGCUGGACGGGCGGGGAGCGACGAGGAGAUGGCCAUGGGAGUUAUUUUCCUGACGAAAUGUGGAUAUGUGAAUGGCGAGGUAUUAAAACUGGAUGGAGGAGUCAUGAACGAGGUCGGAGGGGGUUGA